GGAGUUCUCAUUGGCCAGCUUUGGUGACAUGAAGCGCAGCGGCGAAUCGAGCGAUGUGGAGGCUAGGAGGUCCAAGCAGGCCCGCAUGCAUGAUGGCGUCCUCGUGCUUCCCAUUCCCAGCAUGAGGGAGUUAAUGCAACGAAGCAAGCAGCGCAUCUCCAAACCUGUUCAAGUGAGUGGGUUUAGCAAGUAUCCCGACGGCCAUGUCACCUACGAUCGGUCGCUAUUGAAAUUGCUCAAGAAGGCCGCGCCGUUGAAUUCGGACUUGUUGGAGGGCAUGGACGCCUACGCCGAGCCUCCCAACACGGCGCCACUGGAGCAUGUGAUCGACGCUAUGUUGCCAGCAAACAGACACCUCCACAACCACACCACCGAUGCCCAGCCAUUGCCAAAGUACCACGUUGUGACCUAUCGAAACAACCUCAACAAGAUCAUGGGGGUCGGUGCUCCACAUAUACGCAAAAUCACCAUGCUUCACAUGCCCAUAGACGCCGUACAAUACCAAUUCUGCGUAUACGAUGCAAAUGCAGCGCAUUCAAGGCUGCGUCUAUCUCAACGUCACCUUGUCACAUAUUCCACCGUCCUCUUUUUCGUCCAAUCAAGCUCAAGGCGCGUACGCUGGCCGGCGGUACGAAGUGCUGUCGUCAGCAGCCGUAGGUGGUGGGGAGUACUGCGGCGUGUUUUCCGUAUCCCUUGGCCAAAAGAAGCUGCUGGUCCUGUCCUAGCUCUGUCAUCACAUAUCUAUAUCGUACAUCUAACCCUUGACGACACAUUAGAUUGGCGCUGAAAUGGACGGUGUCACAGCCUCAAAGGAUGACGACGAUGAUACUACGAACUACGUCGAGCUCAAGACAUUCCGCAUACUAAAUACACCCAAGGACCGGUUCACGUUUGAACGGUAUAAACUGCUCGCAUUUUGGAUCCAGUCGUAUCUUGUGGGCGUGCCAACCAUCCGCGUGGGCUUUCGCAACGAAUCGUUCAUCUUAACCAAAGAGCAAGCAUUCGAAACCGCCGACUUGCCGCGAUAUGGAGAUAAACAUUGGGUACUGGGCCUACUAGUACUACUACUAGUAUGUCAUUAUGGUGGGUGAUGGGUACUAGUAGCAUCCGUCCGUGUGUGUGGCUUUUACCGACUUGGUGCUCAGUUGGUUCGUGGAGCAGCCGUUGCAAGAGAUGGCCGUGUAUACGGUCGAGUACAAGCCACAGACAAAGUGCAUGACCAUGUCGUUGUCCACCACUCCGCCGUUUGUCAAGACUCCGUUGAGUAACUACUAAUAUACGACUGUGUUGUUUCUUGCC